AUGAAUUUGAAUCACUCUUGUGGUUUCUCUUUAACCAAACUCACAAAAACAACAACCUCUUCUCUUUUCCUUAGAAAAUCUCAUAUCUUUCUUUCCAAAAACACUUCACCUUUGUUUCUUAGAGACUCCCUUCAUGUCAAGCCUCUACCUCUUUCACCAAACAUAACGAAAAGUCUGAGAAACUGUAAACUCUCACACCCUUUUGCUACCUUGUCAUCUUUUGCAGAAGGAGGAGAGGGACAACACCAAAGUGGAGAGAAUAAUAACAAUGAAGUAUCGGGAAUGGCAAAAGCAUUCAACAUAUCAUCAAGAACAGCUUCUGCUAUAACAAUAUGUAUAGCAGUGGCUGCACUUAUUUUUCCUUUGUUCAUGUCGUCUCUAGGACAAGGUUUGGCUUUGAAGACAAGGGUUUUAUCCUAUGCAACACUUUUGUUUGGAUUCUACAUGGCUUGGAACAUUGGUGCUAAUGAUGUUGCAAAUGCAAUGGGAACUUCUGUUGGAUCUGGUGCAUUGACUCUUAGGCAAGCUGUGUUGACUGCUGCAGUGUUGGAGUUUUCUGGUGCAUUGUUGAUGGGAACUCAUGUAACUAGUACAAUGCAGAAGGGGAUUCUUGUUGCUGAUGUGUUUCAAGGGAAGGAUUCUCUUCUCUUUGCAGGAUUGCUUUCUUCACUUGCUGCUGCUGGUACUUGGUUACAGAUUGCAUCAUAUUAUGGUUGGCCAGUAUCUACUACACAUUGCAUAGUGGGAGCAAUGGUGGGGUUUGGACUAGUUUAUGGAGGCUCUGGUGCUGUUUUCUGGGGUUCACUGGCAAGAGUGAUUUCUUCAUGGAUAUUCUCGCCGCUAGUGGGAGCUGCUGUCUCAUUUCUUGUAUACAAAUGCAUCCGAAGGUUUGUGUAUAGUGCAAGUAACCCAGGACAAGCAGCAGCUGCAGCGGCACCGAUUGCUGUAUUUCUUGGUGUAACCGGAAUUUCCUUUUCCGCUUUUCCUCUUAGCAAGACUUUUCCUAUAGCUUUAAGUCAAGCUUUAGCCUGUGGAAGUGUCGGCGCUUUUCUGGUCGACAGAACAAUCAGAAAACAACUAGGACAUCUUCUAGAGAAGGCAAAGACUCCACAACCCGAGCCAAAAGAUGAAACAUCCCACCAAAACAUAGGCUUCCUAUCUGAUAUUGCAGGUCCGAAGGGCACUCAACUUGAAAUAGUUUACGGAGUUUUUGGUUACAUGCAGGUUUUAUCAGCAUGUUUCAUGUCAUUUGCUCAUGGUGGAAAUGAUGUUUCCAACGCGAUAGGUCCGUUAGCCGGUGCACUAGCUAUUCUGCAAGGCGCAGCAAAAGGAGCUGAGAUAGUUAUUCCGAUCGAUGUUCUUGCGUGGGGUGGAUUUGGAAUAGUUGCAGGGCUAAUGAUGUGGGGUUAUAGAGUUAUAGCUACAAUUGGAAAGAAAAUAACCGAACUUACGCCAACAAGAGGAUUUGCAGCCGAAUUUGCUGCUGCAUCGGUUGUUCUGUGUGCUUCAAAGCUAGGGCUACCGAUAUCAGCAACACAUACACUAGUUGGUGCUGUUAUGGGAGUUGGAUUUGCAAGAGGACUUAACAGUGUGAGAUCAGAAACAGUGAAGGAGAUUUGCGCUUCAUGGGCGGUUACUAUUCCAGUUGGCGCUACCUUAUCAGUGAUUUACACUUGGAUUUUGACUAAGCUUUUGGCUUAUGUUUUAUGA